GUCUGAAGUGUGUAUAUGUAUGUAAUAUGUAUGUUCAAUCGACAGGUGGCAAAAUGAAACGAUCCAAAUUUUUUCGGCUCCUAGGCACAACUUUUUGUCUUCUAAGGCCUUAAGUUUAAAACGUAAAGAAUUACUUAAGAUUAGUUUUAUCUAAACAUUCUUCCUGAUUUUUAGUUAUAAGCAAGUUUCAGAAAUCGUUCAAUCCAUGAACUAUGGAUACUAUAACCACCAAUUACGUGCUGUUAGUGCAAAGCGCUCCAAGAAACUAACUAGACGUUUUAAAUAAAAUUAAAUUUAAUUAAUUCUUUAGGUUCUAAAUUUUCAUUUGUAUAUUUUGCAAUUUAUUUAAUGCGAAAUAUAUUUAUGUCUAUUAAAAAUUAUAAUUUAUGCAGUAACCGGUAAGGGAACAACUUUGUGCCGGUUCUGCAUCUUGUUUUUUUUGUGUUUCCUUCGAAACUUUGUGAAAAAACUUUUUAAUUCUACUAUUUCAAUAUUAUAAUAUGCUACAACAAUAAAUAGAAAGUGAUAUAAAAAUAAUCAUGUCAGAGACAAUACCAAAGAAGAAGAAAGAUAAAUUGUAUGAAACAUUGUUCCUGGCUGGAGUAGCAGGAAUAUCUGUUAUGGCUGGUUUUUUCAAUGCUUUAUCAUCAGUUAAAAAAAAAGACAGUAAAAAUUUUGAUAUUGGUUUUAUGGGAGGGAAAGGUCUUCCUGAGUCUGGUGCAGCACUUGCUACAAGAGCUUUAUUAUGGGGUUCUGCUUGGGCAGUUGGUGGUUGUGGUAUACUUUUUUACGGUAUUUGGAAGCUUUCUGGAGCUUCAACUGCCGAAGAGUUUCGAUUAAAAGUUGGAAGUAUUUUACCAAAAAUACCAAAAAAUGAUCCUCCUCAGAGUAGAACUGAAUUUGAAAACCUUACAGAUUUACUGAGAUAUGUUUCUGAAGAAUGGGAUAAAGAAAAAUAGUCUUACUUAUAUAUAAAUUCGAAAAGACUCUAGAUUUGAAGUAUUUUUUACAGCUUUACAGAUCUAAGAAAUAUUUUUAAUCUGAAAUCUGUAAAGAUCUAAGAAAUACUAUAAAAACCAAAAAUCACAAAAGUAAUUAUUUGACAUUAAGUCAUAAAAGGAUAGUUUCAAAUGUGUACAGUAAAAUAAAUGAAGAAUCUUAUACUGCUGGUUUGUCAUAUAAUAACUGAUAUUUAUAAUGUAAUAUCUCAUUUUGUAUUUGUGUAUAUACAGUGUAUAUAUAUAUUUGUACAUUAUUAAUAUACAAUCCUAAAAGUUUCAUCAUAUUAAAUUUUCUUCAAGGAAUAUAAAAUGUGGAAUAUAAAAUUUUAACUGUGGUUCUUCUAAAAGACAAAUAGUUAAACAUAAGUUUGUUCGUAAGAGUGAGCUAUUAUGUUUUAUAACUAUGUUAGUAUAUCUGUGUGUAAAAUAAAUGUCUUUUAAUUCCGUA